AAUGCUUGCUUUGGCUUGGUAUUGCUCGGGGCUUGUAAUAAAAUAAUAACAACAUUACAUAUUGAAACUUUGGGCUUUCAUAUUAAAGUAUAGACGAAACAGUGACCAAAGACCCUGUGUUACAUCCCAUAAAAUUCAAUAAUAAAACAGGAAAGCCUCAUAAAUGAUGAAACUAGUUGAUCAAGUUGUUCGUAGUUUUAAGGUUGCGAAGGUGUUUCGAGAAAAUACAGACAAAAUAAACAGUAUAGACUUCUCGCCUAAUGGUGAAACAUUAAUAUCUUGCAGUGAAGAUGAUCAAAUUGUAAUUUAUGAUUGUGAGAAAGGCACACAAAUGAUAACAGUAAACAGCAAAAAGUAUGGUGUGGAUUUGAUUCAUUUUACUCACGCUAAAAACACUGCAAUACAUAGUUCUACCAAAGUUGACGAUACAAUAAGAUAUUUGUCGCUUCAUGAUAACAAAUACAUUAGAUACUUUCCUGGGCACACAAAGAAAGUGGUAACACUAUGUCUGUCACCCAUAGGCGACACCUUUUUAUCAGGAUCUUUGGACAAAACACUUCGCUUGUGGGAUCUUCGUUCACCAAAUUGUCAAGGCCUAAUGCAUCUCUCAGGACGACCGGUUGCUGCUUAUGAUCCUGAAGGAUUAAUAUUUGCUGCUGGUGUAAAUUCUGAGAGUAUAAAGUUAUAUGACUUAAGAUCAUUUGACAAGGGUCCAUUUGUGACAUUUAAAUUAAAUCAAGAAAAAGAAUGUGACUGGACUGGAUUAAAGUUUUCACGUGAUGGUAAGACUAUGCUAAUAAGUACAAAUGGAUCAAUAAUACGGCUUGUAGAUGCCUAUCAUGGAACUCCAUUGCAGACCUUUACUGGACAUUUAAAUAAUAAAGGGAUACCUAUCGAAGCUUCUUUCAGUCCAGACUCACAAUACAUAUUUAGUGGAUCUACCGAUGGCAGAGUUCAUGUUUGGAAUGCUGAUACUGGUUAUAAAGUUUGUGUUUUAAAUGGUGAUCAUCCUGCUCCAAUACAAUGUGUGCAGUUUAACCCAAAAUUCAUGAUGUUAGCAUCUGCUUGUACUAAUAUGGCAUUUUGGUUACCAACUGUAGAUGAUGUGUAAAGGUUUCAUUUAUUAGGUACAUAUAUCAUACAUUCAAAAUAAUUGAAUUUGUCAGUCUUAUAAACUAAUUAUUUUUCCAAGAGAAUGCUUAUGAUAACCAUAAGCUACAUCCACAUCAAUAUGAUCCAUCUUGGAUCAGCUAACCAGGAAGUGGAUCCUGUAGCAUGAAGUGAAUUACAAAUAUCUUUGCACCUUUUAUUGCUAGAGGUAAUGUCCACACCAACAGAGCUCUUGUGGAGUGCACUCCUGCGAUUUGAAUGUGUUAGAUUGUUUAAUGUGGAUCCCUGUUGGAUAUUCAAUUUAUUUAGUAAUAGAAUUGUGAAAUUUCUUAAUCUACAAAGGUUGAAUUUUUUUCUAACAGAUUACUUUCUGUUACAGAAAAAUAAUCUUACUAAAUAGGUACUAUUUGUGACAAGAUAAGUGGGCCAAAAUGCUCACAAGAUGUAAAUAUUUCAAUAUUAUAAAUAUUAAUAAUUAAUUUUGUGUUUUAUUUUUAUUGUAUCAGAGACAAAGGCAUAUCUAUGUAUAAUUUAAAGAAGUCUUUGGAACUGGCUUAUCAUUGUAACAUCACACUCGUAAACGGUUAUUAAUUUGAUUUUAUAUGAUUUUUAUUUUAUAGUAGUUGUUAAUAAUAAGGGUUAUUCCCAGUCCGCCAAAUGGAAGAAAAAGCUGGAACCAUUUUUUUUCCUACAUUUGACCCACACAUCAUGAAAUGAAAUCUUGCAUAUGGGUUUUCUUUAAGAGGGAGGCGUUCAUUAAGAGAGAAUUUUAUAAUAAUGCAUAAGUAUCUUCAAAACCACGCGGACGAAGCAGUUUCUUAAAUAAUGAAAACGUUUAUAACAUAAGUACUAUAUCACUUAAAGUUUGAAAAAAAGAACAUAAUUAUUACUUCAAUUUUUUUAGCACAAAUCGAUACUCAAAGUAAAAAUUUGUAAAAUAAUUAUAAUUGUGUUUUUUUGACAGUACUUGGGUAGUAUUGUUGACAUCAAUAAG